AACGAUAUUGGAACGUGUACGGGCAUAAUGCGAACCAUGAUGAAUUUUAUGAUGUUUAAAUAACGUUCGAUCUGUUUGUCGGACGGAGAAACGAACGCGAAACAUAAAACGUUUGACAAACAUUGCGCGACCGUUAAUCGGUUUACUCCGUUAUUGCGUGGUGGUUAUUUGCGUUGGAUCCACAUGGAGUUUGAACAGACAUGUCUUUUUUAUUUAAAUUUUUUUUUUUUUCCUAUGUUAUUUGCUCAUGAAGCCGUUUACACGAUAUUAUUGUUGUUACAACGUUCGAACAUUUGUGUAUUAAUUAAAGGAACACGCGUCAUUAUCGUUGACAAACGGUGACUCGUUGACAUACACGCGGAUCCGCGAAACCAUCGCGGACAGCGUUAUUAGGAUAUAACGCGUCAUGAGCGUGGCAUUUCCGCAUAGUAUCUACACGCAGUCACGCGCGGCGACAACACGCGAUGAUGAAUGCUGGGACCAGUGUACGCGUGAUCACCGCGAUAUUGCUAACGCAGAACCUGUUGGCGAAAUGCGAAGACAAUCAUGGCAUCGAAAACGGACAGUUACCAUUUCCCAUGGACCACUUACAUAAUUUUGAACAUCACACAGGACAAUCAGACCAUUCAUGUAGCAUCAAUGAAGUGGAUCAUUCAGAUUUCUUAGAUCAUUUGAACGCUGUGGGAAAAAACAAUCCUGAAUUUGUGUCGCAAUUGCAAACUAACAUGUUACAGUCGAACGGUUUGAGCAAGACGAUUUCGAAUAAUAAUAAUAAUAAAAACAUUAUUCGGAGUGUUGAGGUAGUUCACCACGACGGUGAUUCAUUAACCAAAUACGAAACAACACAUCACGACGACGAUAUGUUCGACGAAACCUUAAUUCCGUCGCUCUCACCGUCCAAAAAGCCGAUCAGUUACACAAAAGUAGUGAAGAAAAUGGUAAUAAAACGUGGUGGUAAGAACGGCGAACAAAGUUCCGCCCUGGGAUCCAGUCAGUCGGGGAAUGAGAUGUUGGACAGCGGUAAUUUGCAGAUCAUCGGAAUUGACAACGACAUGAUGUCCGAAUCUCGAACUGUGUCUCAAGUCGAUCGAGCGGGAAAUGUUAGAAUGCCAUCGAUGUCUAUUCAGCAAGGUUCCAAACUAUCGGAUGGUUUGCAGAACGUAGUGCGAACAACGGUGACGAAAACCACCACUACAAAUGAGAGAGACGCGUCGAACGACUCGGGGAGCGGAUCUGCAAAUGGAGUGCAGGGUCUAGUAGAUUCAAUGCCUUCGAAUAAUAUCAUGUUGACAUUGAGCCCUUUGAAAUCCGAUUACAACGGCAUCACUACCGACAGUUUGCGAUCCAGUUCAAUAGACGGAGAUGGAAUUUUUGAAACAACGUCAACCGCCAUAACGGACGGGAAUGAUCGUAACGGUAAACGCCGACAACAGAUACCUCGUAAUAAACCGUUUAAACGAAUGAAAACGACAAUAAUAAAACACGAGAGUAUACACGACGAUGAAAACGACGACGACAACAAUGACGACCAUCUGGGAGACUUGGAAAAACACGACAAUGAAUCUAACGCGGAAUUCGUAAGACCUGCUAAUAAUAUUGUGGUCGAAAUAGAACCCAUGGUGUAUAGCCAAUUGAAAAAAACCACUUCGAUCAAUGGAGAUGAUUUCAACAUCGGUACUCAGAUCGGAAGCGACUCACCACGAAAACGAAAAAAUCGUGAAAACAAACCCAACAGCUUUGCGAAUUCACUAUCUCAGUCUGGAACCACAACCCAAACGAACCAUGAAUCCAGGUCUUCGGCCUCAUAUCCUGGUCUUAAUUUAUCCAAAAAUCACGGUGCAUCAAGACAAACACAAACGAAUACGGUCGAACUACAAAAAGCGAAUGACGAGACCGAUUAUAAUGAGUUAAACGGCCCAAUGAUCAGCUUCAAUGCUGAUGAUAAAAUGGGUCAACUAAAUGGUAACAUGGAUUUAGAUAAUAUUUUAACCACCACAAAUCAAGAUAAUGGUAAUAUGGUGUUUGCUGAUAAUAUGGAACAUAUAGACGGAUUUAGGCCUGGGGGUUAUAUUUUAGUGACAACGCAGGGAGUGGGCGGCAACGGUUUUAGAAAAGUUAAUGGUAACAAUCGUAUGAAAAAAUCUAAACGUGGAAGAUCAAAGAAAAUUUUGGUAAAAAAUAUAACGUAUAAUGGUAGAAACAAAAAUGGAAAAAGAAACGGCGGAAGAAAAAGAAGAAUAAAUGGGAACAGAAUGAGAACGAGAACAGGAACGAAUGGGAACGUGAUGGGAAUGAAUAAAGGCAAUAGUGGGGGAAAGGCUACUAGAAGGAGAAGUGGAGUGAAUGGGAAAAAGAGUGGUAUUGGUGGCGGUGACAGUAAAAGAAGUGGUGAAUUGAGCAGCGGUUGUAGAAGUGGUGGUGGAAUGAGUGGUAGUAGGAGUAGUGGUGGAAUAAGCGGUAGUAGAAGUAGUGGUGGAAUGAGCGGUAGUGGAAGUAGUGGUGGAAUAAGCGGUAGUGGAAGCGAUGAAAGAACAAGUAUGGCAAGAACCGCAAGAUCGUCGGGACGUCAAAACGCUGACGGUAAACUGUACUCGUCAAGGGUGUACGUGAUCGAGUCGCCGGAGACUUCGUCGUCAUUUACGAAGAGCUAUACGAACGAUGCGAACAAGCAUCAGCACGAGUCCAAAGUGUGCAACUGCAAGAGACAACAACGGUCGUUGAGCCGGAGAAAUUUGAGCGAUGAGAGCACCGGCGAAAAAGAAAACCGCGUUCCCGCGGGGAGUGACGACAACCAACCGUCUGCGACGGACUCUGCUCAGCCGGUGUUUUUCAACGGACGGUGGAAAUCGAUCGCUGGUGAAAGGAUGACGGAUGCGCAACACCGCAAGGCCGAUCUAUCGGAUCUACUUCUGACCGCCGACAACAUGGACCAAGGUGCACGACGUUUGGGUGGUCCACCGGGUCCGCAGAUCAAUGAAUUGUCCGGUUCUCGUCCGUUUUUCAAACUGUACGGAGCGCGACAUCUACAAGGUUCAGCUGCAAGCCAACAUCCGCCACCGUCAGGAGACUCUGUUUCGCGGUUUGGUGAUUUCAAAAACGACUUUUCCAAAAUCGCGUUCGCAAGAAUGAUGCCACCGACGGCUCCGCAUGGGUUCAUGGGUAUGCAGUCUGACGGGAUAAACACGGUAUCGUCUGGAGUGUAUCAGCUGCGCGGUGACCGCGGUGAUUCCGGUCAUUUCGGGUUCGAACAGAUCGAUGAAACGGCGAAUACGGACUAUUCAAUGGGAUCUGCGACCGCCGUGAACGCUCCCGUCAAUGACGCGACGAUGAGCAAUAUGAAUGGAGUAACGAGGUACACGAAAAUAAUCAGAACCACCAAGACCGUGGACGAAGAUAACCCUGUUCUGGAAACGAUAGACGUUGCUCGUAUUCAGUCGGAAUAAACACACCACUAAUAUAAAUAUAAGUAAUUAUAUACAUAGUAGUUAUAUGUAGGAAACUCUAAUAAUAAUAAUUUGUACCUGUAAACACAUCGAUUAUGUUAGUAAUGCAGUGCAAACAAAUGUUACCAGUCGAAAAGUACGAAAUGUUCAAUAUUAUUUAGUCAUAUAUCGUUAUUAAAAUAUCUGUUUGAAUAAAAUCAUUAAUUAUUGUUAUUGCGUUGAUUUUAAUCGGAGAGGAGAUUGUUGAAGACAUGGAAAUCUAUUUAAUUUCAAGUCUACGGUUUUAUAAGCACGUUAUAUUAUUCGUUAUAAUACCUAUCUAUUAUGUUACAUUAUGGUGUUGGUAUUUAGAUAGUACGCAUCGACGGCUUUAAAUAUUCCAUAAAGUAUUAUAAUAUUAUGUACGUUUUUGGCAAUUUUAACGUAAUUUAUUUUUAUUCUUAACUUCAUCGUUCAUUAUUACGAUUCGUUACGUAAAUAAAUAAAAAAAAAAGAACAAAAAGUAAUACCGUGUACAGCUGCUGAUAUAUCGCGAAUCAUUUAUCAAAAUUCUUGAAAAAUCCUAUACCGACCGAGGAACACUUCAAGUUACAACAACUGUUGAUGGCCAUAUUUUGAAUAUCUCGUCGUAUUUCGAUUUCUAAUCACUUUUUAAAAUGAUACACACGAAUCAACCAGAAACACCGGUCAUACGCACGCGCACAUAGUCAAAUACGUUAAAGUACCUACCGAGAAAUAUCCUAGUGCGCAUAACAUUAUAACACUGUUAAUCACACCGUUCUAACUACGUUAAGUAUACAAUGAUAUAUGAAAUUAUUUUAAAAUGUAA